AUGGCGCUGCCCUCCGGGUACCAGCUGAAGCUGGCUGAGAAGCUGACGCUGCUCAAUGAGAGGGGCCGGGGGGUCCUGGUGCGCAUCUACAACAUCAAGAAGACCUGCUCCGACCCCAAGACGCGGCCGCGUUUCCUGAGCGACAAAUCCAUGGAGGCUCCAAUCAGGAUCAUCCUCAGGAAGUUCCCUCACCUGGACCUGAGGAGCAACAUGCACCAGCUGGCCCCAGUGCAGAGGGACAAGGGGGAGCUCCUCCGGACACUGACUCCCUUCUACCAAUCCUUCCUGGAUGUGCUGGAAUUCCGGGACCAUGUCUAUGAGCUCCUCAACACCAUUGAUGCCCAUCAGUGCUUCCUUGACAUUCGCCUCAACCACGACCUCACCGCCGGGUACCUGGAGCUGGUGGUGACACUGGUGGUACUGGUGCUGCUGCUGGCGCGGGUGGAGGAGCGGAGGCUGCUGCUGGGCAUGCACCGGUGUGCGCAGGAGAUGAGCCAUGGUGCCAGUGAUCCCGCCUUCUCCCGCCUGGCGCAGAUGCUGCUGGAAUACGAGCACCCCCUCAAGAAGCUGGUGGAGGAGUUCGAGCCCCACACCAAGGUGCUCAGCAGUGCCCUCCUGUCCCUGCAUCCCGUGUACAUGCGGAGGAGCCAGGAUGCAGAGCAAUGGAGGAGGGAGCAGAUCCUGAGCCUGCUCAGCACCCCCGGGGACAUGCUCAGCCCCUGCACCUCUGACUGCAUGCCCUGUGAGUUCCUGCCCCUGGAGGUGAUGGAGCGCUGGAUCCUGUUGGGGUUCCUGCUGUGCCCCUGCGCGCUGGGCUCGGCGCCCCCGUGCCUGCAGCUGUGGCUCCGCGCGCUGCGGGGCUCGCGCCGGCUCCGGCUGCUGCGCGAGGAGGCGCUGGCGGUGCACGCGGCGGCCGAGGAGCUGCUGGGGAGCAUGCGCGGGUAUGGGAAGCGCGUGGCCGAUGUCAAGGAGUGCAGGGAGCACGCGGUGGCUCACAGUGGGUCCCUGCACCGCGCUCGGAGGCAGUUCCUGGUCGGGGCUGUGCGGGAGCUGGAGGCCCUGCUGAGAGAGCAACCGGGGCUGCUGGGGCCAAAGGCCCCCCAGCUGCUCCUGGCUCUCUCCCUGUGUCGCUCUGAGCUCCGGUGGCUGCUGCAGCACAUGGAGCCAAGGGGGAGGGGCCGCGGCCCCGAGGAGCCCCCGGACGGCCCCGCGGAGCUCCUGUUCCUGCUGCAUCAGCUGCGGGCACUGGCACAGACACACGUGAGGCUCCUGCGGAGAUACCACAGCCGGUACCUGGGGCAGUAUCACGUGAUCCUGCUCAGUGACGUCAUCCAGAACCUCUCCGUGUGUCCCGAGGAGGAAUCCGUCAUCCUCUCGUCCUUCGUCAGCUCCCUCUCGGCUCUCCCAGUUCAGGAUGCUGAUGACAAGGAGCCCUUGGAUUUCACCGCGCUCCGCCUGGAUUGGUUCCGGCUCCAGGCCUACACAAGUGUGGCCAAGGCCCCACUGCCUCUGGCCUCCAACCCGGACGUGGCUCGAGCCAUGAACCUCAUCGUGUUCCACACCAAGCUCCUGGAUUCCCUGGAUGAGCUCCUGGAUGAGGUCUCAGACUUGUCCGACCUCUGCUUCUACCCUCGCCCCAUGGAGAAGAUGUUCCAGCUGACCCUGGAGGAGCCCUCGCUGCUCCGCUACAGCAUCUCCUUCCCCCUGCUAUGCAGCCACUUCUCCCACUGUCUGCACCCCAUGUGCCCGGAGGAGUAUCCCCACCUGAAGGCUGCAGCACUGGGGAUGUGCGACAGGUUCCUGGAGGAGAUGGCUCGUCAGGCCAGCGCCUGCAUCAUGGAUGCUUGUGCUGAGCAGCACAAGCUCAGUGAGCAGCUGCUGCCCAAGCACUGUGCCCCCAUCAUCGGCAAGGCCCGUGGCAAGAAGGGCUUCAAGCAGGCGGCCAGGAAAGGGGAAACCGAGAGGGAUAAACCAGGGGCUGAGAGCCACAGGAGGGACCGGAGCCUGAGCACCAACAUGGACAAACUGCACCAGACCCUGUCCGAGCUGGGCCUGAGCUUCAGCCAUGUACCCACAUUCACUGUCUUCGAGCACACGGUGACACCGAGCGAGUACCUGAGCAGGCACCUGGAGACCCGGCUCAGCCGAGCCAUCGUGGCCAUGGCUCGGUACAACCAGAGCACGCAGGAGGUGGCUCGUCCCUCGGAGGUGCUGCUGGGGCUCAGCUCCUACGUGGGCUCCAUCCAGUCCUUGGGCCGGGUGCUGGGCUUGGAUCCCGGGCGCAUCAUCCGCAGUGUCCUCCUGCAGCAGACGCAGCCCCGUGAUGGGGCCGGGGAGCCCACGCUCACCUCCAUCUACACCAACUGGUACCUGGAGGCUCUGCUGCGCCAGGCCAGCACCGGUGCUGUGGUCCUGGCCCCUGCCAUGCAGGCGUUCACUGUGGGGCAGAGUGAGGCCGAGCUCAGCUUCAGCCCAGCUGAGUACACGGAUGUGACUGAGAUGCAGGCUCUGGCUGAGCUCCUCGGUCCCUAUGGGCUGCAGUUCCUGAGCGAGAACCUCCUGUGGCACGUGGGCUCCCAGCUCAGUGCGCUCCAGGCGCUGGUGCUGGAGAACUGGGAUGCACUGGUGAGGAUCCGCUCCGGGCUCGGCCGGCGCUGGGACAUGGGGGAGCUGCUGCCGAGGCUGACGGGGGCCGAGAACGUCCUCAAGCGCAUGACCAUCAUCGGAGAGAUCCUGAGCUUCCGAGCCAUGGCCCAGGAGGGCCUGCGGGAGGUCUUGUCCCACCACUGCCCCUUCCUGAUGGGCCCCAUUGAGAGCCUGAUGGAUGCUGUGAGCCCAGACACCGACAUCCAGGUCACCCUGAGCAUCUUCCAGCUGGCAUCAGCCGCCGGCAUCCCCUGCGAGGUGGAUCCUGCACUGGUCAAUGUGCUGGCGGGCAGCAAGACGGAGGGCUCCUGCCCCCAGGAUCGCUCUGCUCUCCCCUCCCUGCUCCUGCUGUUCGUGGCACUGGCACUGCCAGUCCUGGCCUCGGACCCUGGCUCCUGCUACAGCCCCGAGCUGGGUGGCUCCCCCAACAACCUGCACUGCUUGGCCAAAGCCAUCGCUCAGCUCUCGGCCGCACUCUUCACCCUCCACAACGAGAACAUCGAGAGGCACCUCAAGGACUUCCUGCUGGUGGCCUCCAGCAGCCUCCUGCAGCUGGGGCAGGACACGGAGCGGGGCCGGGUGCGGAACUGGGGCUCCAUCGCCCUGCUCCUGCAGCUGGUGGUGGCCGAGUCCCCGUUCCUGACGCCGGCAGUGCUGGAAUCCUGCUUCCCAUAUGUGCUCCUGCGCAACGCGUACAGGGAGGUGUGCAGGGAGCCCCCGCGCUGACAGCACCCGAACUGCACCCAGCACCCAUCCACUGCACCU